AAAUAAGUAAAUCCCAUUUAUUCCUGUUGUUUCUGGAGACUUCUUGAACGUAUGAAAGCUUGAAAUGGUUAACCUCAUACUCAUAUGAUCAUCAAUAAUAUCCCCACAAAACCAUUCCAACGUGCCGUAUUUUACUCUUCAAUUACCAACAUGUAUACCCUUUUUAUAACAACCCUUCAAGAUUCAAGCAACUGCCUUUGAUCUUUGUUUCAGUUUCAUCAAUUUGUCGACAAAACAAGAGCCCACGGUGAUUCUUGUCGCUUAAGGUUUCAAGAAUGGAUGUUAAUGGAGGAAAAAGCAACGAUUUUUAUGAGAUUUUGGGGUUGAAAAAAGAAUGCACAGAAGCAGAACUCAAGAAUGCAUACAGAAAGCUUGCAAUGAGAUGGCAUCCUGAUAGAUGUUCAGCCUCUGGUAAUUCAAAGAAUGUAGAAGAGGCAAACAAGAAGUUUCAGGCAGUACAAGAAGCAUAUUCUGUACUUUCCGAUGCAAACAGAAGACUUCUUUACGACGUUGGAAUUCAUGACAGUGAUGAUGAUGCCGACGACAAAGAUGGAAUGGCUGAUUUCUUGAGCGAAAUGGCAACAAUGAUCAGGCAAAACAAAUCCAAUGAAAACAUCGAGACAAGUUUUGAAGAGCUAAAAGAUUUGUUUGAAGAGAUGUUUGAAAACGACAUCAAGUCAGCCGAUUCGUUUUCUGAAACAAAAAGCUUCACCACUUGCCCUACUUUGUUUCCAAGUUACGAUGAAAACAUUUCCUCUACUAACAAACGAGGUUCCUCGGGGAUGUCAACCACCGCAGUUGAAGACCAUUCAACUUUCAAAUCAAGUGUACAAGGAUUUUGCUUAGGGACAAACAACAUGGAAGCCACAAAAAGAACAGGUUGUGCUCGAGAAAGGCGAGGUGCUAAACAUGGUUCCAAACACAAAACUAGUCGGAAUAGGAUCUCAAAUCGCGAUUGAAUGGUUAACUCGAGUCUUUAGUUCAUUAUGUGAUUGUGUAAUUAUUUUUAGUGUGAUUGUUAAUUCUUUGAAACAAAUAAUCUUUCUAUUUGUAUCAUGGUGUUGACACUUUAAGAGAUAAAGGUUAAGUGGAUCACAAAGAAGCUUUCAUCAUCAAUUUCUUGCUUCUUUGUUUUGUUUA